UGUUCGUUUAUCGCGUUCAUUUAUAGGUGUGACUGUUUUAUUCCCGCAUAAAUAUCACUCUAGCACCCAUCACUACCAUAGAAAUGUGGGCACUGAUACUCUUCUGUGCUAUUCUCCACAAUGUCUUAGCGACCAAGCCAGAUCCUAUURCAAUUGAAGGGGGUAAAAUCCAAGGGUUUGCAGAAACUUUAAAAAACAACCAUGUUGUUCACAAAUACCUCGGCAUUCGUUACGCUCGUGCAGAACGUUUUGAGAGACCUCGCCCUGUAAGAGAAUCAUGGAAAGGUGUUAAGGAGAUGAAAACGUUUGGGAAAAUUUGUUGGCAGUCUGGCAGAAAGGCCAGUCCUUUCAAACCAAAAAUCAAAGAUAUGGAUGAAGAUUGUUUAAACCUCAACGUGUAUGUUCCUGCCGCCCCAUGUGACASCAAAAGAGCUGUGAUGUUUUGGAUUCAUGGAGGUUCAUUUUUAGUCAACUCAAACAGAAUAGCUGAUGGCAGUUAUUUGGCAACAUUAGGAGAUGUUAUUGUUGUUGCAAUCAAUUAYCGGCUAGAUAUAUUGGGCUUUUUUCAUUACAGACCAAGAGGUUUAAAAGGCAACUAUGGCCUUUUUGACCAGCUGGAAGCCUUAAAGUGGGUGAAUCGAAACAUUGCAGCAUUCGGAGGUGAUCCAAAUCGGGUGACAAUAUUUGGUAACUCUGCUGGGGGUAUUAGUGUGUCUUUUCUCUGUUUGUCACCAUUGUCCCGCAACCUUUUUAAAUACGCGAUUAUGCAGUCCGGGGUAGGAAAUUCACCAAUGGCCCAUGAACUCUAUGUAGACAAUCUUAAACUGUUGRAGUGAGUUGAAAGUUUGUGGCUUGAUCAUCCUUACU